UCCGCAAAAUCGAUACGCGGCCUAUCGGAAUCCAAGUGUUUUGCAUGAACAUCCAACUUUAGCUCCGCUCCGACACGCAAAACUCAUUACUAAUUUGUUACUGCCGCCGAUUUGCCAGCGCGAAAAGAUCCCGAUACCAGGCCCAUCGCAUCCCCCAAUUCGAAUCAAGCAGGAAAAUACCGGAUAAUAAUUGGCAAACAUGCAGAUCAAAGAAUUCCGUGUGACUUUGCCAUUGACUGUGGAAGAGUAUCAAGUUGCACAAUUAUUCUCGGUGGCCGAGGCGUCAAAGGAGAACACGGGAGGCGGCGAGGGCAUCGAGGUGUUAAAGAACGAGCCCUUUACAGACUUCCCCCUGCUGGGUGGCAAAUACAAUUCCGGUCAAUAUACAUAUAAGAUCUACCAUCUGCAAUCAAAAGUUCCAGCCUACAUUAGACUAUUGGCACCCAAGGGCUCAUUGGAGAUCCACGAGGAGGCAUGGAAUGCCUAUCCCUAUUGUCGAACGAUUAUCACGAACCCCAAAUUCAUGAAAGAGGCUUUCAAAAUAAUCAUCGACACCCUGCACGUCGGCGAUGCGGGCGAUUCAGAAAAUGUGCACGAGCUGACGCCGGAUAAGCUGAAAAUGCGAGAGGUGGUGCACAUCGACAUUGCCAACGAUCCGGUCCUGCCUGCGGACUACAAGCCCGAUGAGGAUCCAACCACCUACCAGUCAAAGAAGACGGGCCGCGGUCCCCUGGUGGGAGCCGAUUGGAAAAAGCGCGUUGAUCCUGUCAUGACCUGCUACAAGCUGGUCACGUGCGAGUUCAAAUGGUUCGGCCUGCAAACAAGAGUGGAGAAUUUUAUACAGAAAUCGGAGCGCCGCCUCUUUACAAACUUCCAUCGCCAAGUUUUCUGUUCAACCGAUCGCUGGUACGGUCUAACAAUGGAGGACAUCCGCGCCAUCGAGGACCAGACGAAGGAGGAGCUGGACAAGGCGCGGCAGGUGGGCGAGGUGCGGGGUAUGCGCGCGGACGCCGAUUAAAUCUAGUAGAAAAUUGUAAACAAAAUAUGUGUAUGUAAAAUCCAGGCAAAACAAGAACUAAAAGGCAAAAACGAUACAAAGCGAAACAAAACAGAUAAAUGAAAUUGAGAUAUAAAAUUGCAUAAAUAAAUUUACGAUACAAACUAA